CCCAGCAGCCCGGAUGUAGCGCGCAGUCUCCAGCAUCAAUCCCGUAGAAUAACAUGGCACCGACAACCACAUAACACCGUUUCCCCUCCGCAGCGUUCCCGCAGGAGCGGAGCGCACCGCUGACAGGAAUGUGACGCGCUUCCCGCCGCAGCAGGAUGUUUGGGAAGAAGAAAAAGCGUCUGGAGAUCUCGGCUCCGUCUAACUUCGAGCACCGCGUCCACACCGGCUUCGACCCGCAGCAGCAGAAGUUCACCGGCCUGCCGCAGCAAUGGCAGAGUCUGCUGGCCGACACGGCCAACCGGCCCAAGCCCAUGGUGGACCCCUCCUACAUCACGCCCAUGAAGAUAUCUCCCAAGAAAGUCCGGUUGGCUGAAUCGCCGUUGCGAAAAACUGAUGAAGACCUGAGAAGACAUCUUCUAAUGCUCCUGGAAUAA